GCUAAUUUCAACCUAUGAGUUGGAAAAACAACAAAUUUAUUUCUUGGCCAGAAUAACAAUAAACAAUAUUUAAAAAUGGUGAAAUAAUAAACAUUUGUUUCUUGAUCAUAACUUUUAUUAUGCCAAGAGGAAGAGCAAAGAACAUUGCUGCAGACCAGGGUGAUGGAUUCAGUCAACCUUCUGCCCCAACAAAAAGGAGAAAGAAAUCCAGGGCCAGUCCUGGCACUCCUGACAUGAUACCACCACAGAUGGGAGGCGGAAACUACGGCGGACCUAUGAUGCCUGGAAAUCCUAUGGAUGAUCCGCGAAUGUACCCUAACUCCAUGCCGUAUUCUUCCAACUCCAUGGGGCCUGACAUGGGAAUGUACAACAUGGGGCCAGGAAUGGGCCCGGGCAUGGGACCUGGUGGACCUAGAGGUGGACCCAUGUCGGGCAACCAGAACCCAUACCAGUACCAGGGCAUGCCCGGGGGGCCUGGUCCAGGACCAAUGGGCCCAGGUCCCGGGCCACACAUGUCCCACGGGCCUCACCGCAUGUCACAGCCCAAUCAAAUGCCGCAAUCAUCUGGUCCCAUGGGCAACGGGAAAACAUACCAUAUGUCGCAGUCAAUGGUGUUCAAUCAUUCGAAUCCAAAUGCUCCGCCCAUUUAUCCUUGUGGGAUCUGUCAUAAGGAGGUUCACGACAAUGACCAGGCCAUCAUGUGUGAGAGUGGCUGCAAUUUCUGGUAUCAUCGAAGCUGCACUGGGCUCACAGAGGCUGCGUUUGUGAUGCUUACUCAGGAGCCUUACGCAGAGUGGGCAUGCGAUGGCUGCCUCGCUUCACGGAGCAUUCCUCUUGUGAAGAUCAAGUCAUGAAAUGAUCAGUUUCAAUGACUGAAAAAUGCAUUUUAGCCUCACUCUUUGAAAACUGGGUUUCAUGCAUGUGCGUUAAGUGGGGCCCUAGAUUAGCCUGUGCAGUCUGCAGAGGCUUAUCUGAGAUAACACGUUUGGCCUUAACUGGUGUUUUGUUAAGAAGAGAUUGUCCUAAAAUAAUAAAUACCAUAAAAGUUUAAAUUGGCAUCCCUGAUUAGCCUGUGCGGACAGGCUAAUCUGGGACGGCUUUUUAGACACAUGCAUUAAGCCCUGUUUUCCUAGAGCAAGGUUGCAUUUUAUGUAGAUCUGCUUAUUAGUGUUUUUUGGUUGUCUCAUUAAUUUUUAUGUUUAAUUUACAACUAGCAGUACCUUAUUUUAUGUUCAUAUCAUUUGUUUAAACAUAUCAUUUGUUUAUUUGAGUUUUUUUAAAGCUCGCUCAUAAUUAAGUUUAUUGGUUAUUGAAUUUAUUUGUUGCUUUAUUUAUUUAAGCUUAUGGUCAUUAUUUUCAAGACAGACAUUCCAAAGUGUAUGCCAUAAUAGUGUCAGAAAUAGUCAGUGACAGUGGACAUGAUAUUUUCAUGUUCGAACUGAUUCUGAAUAGUCGUUCAUUUUAAAUCUCUUCUUUUUAACAUUGACAGUUUUUAUACUUAUUACAAAGCUUUGUUCCUGAAUGUUUUAAAAUAAACAUGCUAUCAGGCUGGCUAAAUUUCACUGGGUUUGUUUUACUUGAUGUUGAUUAACUUCUGUUGAAUUCCAUCUUGUCUUAUUUAAUCUUUUGUUUGUGGCUUCAGAUUAUUGUUUUUCGUGCAUUUCAUUUUAUUUCGCAAUCUUCUAUAUACUAUUGUAUAUAUUAUUGUAUUUUUAACUUACAAAUCAAAAGUUCUGUAUAGUUUUUACUCUGUUAUUUUUCUCAACAUGAUGCCAUUCUAUCUGCUUUUAUAAUGUCAAACUCUCAUUGCUUUUAAGAAAGAAAGGGUAAAAAUUGUACGAUGUUGCAUUGCAAUAUUCCAGAAAAAUUAAGCUAUUGUCAUAUUUUCCCUAUGAUAUACCAUCAAUUUUUUUUUUAAACAACUUUAAUUUAAGCAGCAGUAAAAGUACUCAAAUGAGCCAGUCACUUGGAAAUGCAAGCUUAAUUCACUUGUGUCAAAGUUUGUCCCAUAUGAGCCAGUCACUUGGAAAUGCAAGCUUAAUUCACUUGUGUCAAAGUUUGUCCCAUAUUAGCCAGUGCAGUUUACUCAGCCUUGGGACGACACUUUCACAUUUAAUGGAGAUAUAAAGGAAGGGAUGAUACUUAACAUUCAUGCAUUCAGCCAGAUUAACAAAGAGACCAGCUCAUGGUUGAUGGGACUUUUACACACAGAAUUGAACAUUGGUCUAAAAUAAUUUAAAAAAAGCUUUGUUAACAUUUUGUUUAUUAUUAUUUGUGCAGUGUGCACAAAGACACUUCGGACUAAUGUUAGGAUGUAUAUUCAUUAUGAAUCAUUUGAUAUAUUUGUUAAUUUUACAUAUAUUGCAUAUUGUUUUUGUUUUUUUUUCAAGUUUUUUACGAAUAAACUCCAAAUGGUUUGAUCAAAUUGAAAAAAUUAAAUGUCUUUUUUUGUCAAAAAAAGAUGCAGUUUAUAUUGUUAUAUGUUUAAUUGUUUUCUAUACAAAUGGUACUAAAUGUAAGAAAUGUACUCAUUUUUUGACUGUUUAACUACAUCGUACCUACCUUGUUACUACACAAAACAUCGAGCCUUGCUCUGUGAAAAGGGGGUUUAAUGCAUGUGCGUAAAGUGUUGUCCCAGAUUAGCCUGUAUAGUCCGCACAGGCUAAUCUGUGACAACACUUUACCCACUUGCAUUAAACCCCUUUUUCACAGAGCAUGACCAAUUAAUUUGCGUGCCCGUCUGGGAGUAUUUUUUCAUCCAUGGCAUCAGCACAUUCACAGUUGCAACAUGACAUGCAAUUUCAGCUUGCUAACUGUGUACAGUUUCAUAUAAAAUUGAAAAUUGCAAUUUGCACCUGUUGAGAAAAAAAGGCAACUGCCUUUAACUGCCUUUGAGAAGUUUCAAAUCAAACAGAAAAUGGCAAUUUGUAUUUUAAACCAAAGAUGAAGCAACUCUCCUGAGUGCUAUUUUGGCUUUAAAGUUAUUUGAGAUUUUUAAUUGAGGCUCAUAUUAGCCUCACUCUAUGAAUACCAGACUUAAUGCUUGUGUAUAAAGUCUCGUCAAAGAUAAGCCUGUGCUGUCUGCACAGGCAAACAAGGAACGACACUUUCAGCUUAUUUGAAUUUUUGGUUUCAGGGGGCUCUUCUAGGAAAAAACAUCAUGUAGUUGAAAAGUGUUGUGUCUAAUGAGCCUCUGCAGACUGCACAGGCUAGUCUGAGAAAGCGCUUUUCACACUUGCGUUAAGCCCCAUUUUCCUAGAGCAUGGCUUAUAUUUUUGAUGAGUUUAUGUUUGAUGGCAUGUAUAUUUUUGUUAAAUGGCAAUGCAUGUGCUGAUGAUGUUUGAAAUCCAAUUAAACAUUCCUGUUAUUUGAAAUUUACCCAUUUAAGCCUAGUGGACUCCCAUCCUGCAAAAUGGGAUCAAUUUAUUUCUAAAAGAAGGGAUGUCUAGUAUAUUUAUUUCUAUAUUUAGAAUAUUUUUUUCAGAAAUUCCUUUAAGCAAACAGCGCAGACCCAGAUGAGACGCCGCAUCAUGUGGCGUCUCAUCUGGUCUACGCUGUUUGCCAAUGCCUUUUUUCUAGACGCUAGGCAUAAAUGGGUUAUGUAUUGUUGCUCAUAAUUUUAUAACACUUUAAUGUAUAAUGUAUAAGAAAUCAUGUAUUGUGUUUAUCUUAAUAUUUUACAAAUGUAUUAAAGUGUUGUUAUGUCUGAUUCUUUAAUAUUUUAUUUUUACUUGUAGUAUGUGUAUAAGUACUCGUAGUGUAUAUGUAUAUUCUGUGUAGCUAGGAAUGAACAAACUAUCAUCACAUUUUGAAUUGUUUUCAUUUUGUAACCAAAAACAUUUAAAAUGCUGUUUAUUUAUGUUAUCUUUUGUAUGAAAACAUUAAUAUUCAAAGAUGCAAUAUAAUAAUUACAUGUUCAUAAUAGUACAUUUUACAUGUUUUUUAAUAAAACCUUUUAAUUUAGUUGUUUGUACACUGAAAAAAAUCACUUUUUAUUUUGGGUGUGUAAAUACUUUAUCCAAAUUAUCUGUCACAUUUGAUUUGAUUGUAAGACAAGUAUGUUUUUUCCUGUCCAGUUUUCAGGUUUUUAUGGGACAAGUACAAUAUAAUUUACUGGUGUGAUUACAUUGGUUAAGAUUCAUCAAGAUAUUUAAUAUUGCAGAUUGCAAAAUUAUAUAAUUUCAUAUAAAUGCUUAAAGUUUUAUAAAUAAUUCACUUAAUUAUAAAUCUAGGACAGAAUAAAAAUUCUAUUUUUUUAUAAGCAAAACAAGUGAACUGUGAACAUGUGUAUGGACAAAUGAACAUUUUUUUAAAUGCAACACCGCUGCUUUUUGUGCUUUUUUACAGCAAAUUAAGCCUAUUAAUAUCAUUUAAAAAAACUUUACUAAAACAUUUUAAACCUCUGUAUUUGUUAUAUUAUUUAUCUGUUAAAAAUGUUGAUUCAAUCUUGGGGAAAAAUUCAGAUUUAUUCAUAAAUGAAAUAUGUAAAUUUAAUAAGUGAUAUUUUCAUAGCCUAAUGUGUUUUACACAAUAUGCAAUGUAAACUUGGCUGACAAAAUGACAGGAGUUGCAUUUUAAUUUAUAAAACAACAAGUUUAUUGUAUUUUAGUAUAUAAUAAUCUGUGCUUCAUUUCACAUCACACAGCAAAUUGUUAAUGAUUUCUGAUGUAUAUUAACAUGUAUAAGCUGAUCUCUGGUAAGCAGGGCUUAAAACAUGUGCUGACAGUGUUGUCCCAGAUUAGCCUGUGCUUAUUGUCUGUUCACUUUCAGCCUUGACUGGAUUUGCAUAUUGAAGAGUCAAGUGUCAUCCCUGUGGUUGGAACAGGCUAUUAAAUCUGGGACGAUGCUGUAAGCACAAGCUUUACGAUUUUUCCAGAGGGUCGUUUGCAUCUAUUUUAGAAUCUUACAUAUUUUUACUAAACUGUGUCAUUUUUUGCAUCUGUGAAAUAAGCCAUGAUCAUGACAAUUCUAUUAUUUUACUUACGACACAUAUUUUACAAGUAGAGAACAAAUAAAAUUUAAAGCAAUU